AUGGGGAAGGAAGCCAAGAGGAAAUGCCACUACUCAGGCUGUUGUUUGAUUGUUGUCCCUUUUCUAUUACAGCCACUGCAGAUAGACGAUAACUUCUGUGGCCAGGAUUUUAACCAACCACUGGGAGGCACCAGCACCAUCGAGGGCAUCCCCCUGUUCAUCGACAAGGAUGAUGGCAUGACCUCAGUUGCUGCGUACGAUUAUCGUGGCAACACGGUGGCUUUUGUCGGUACACGGAACGGCAAACUGAAGAAGAUCCUGGUCAACUCAGUGCGUCCCAACCGUCCAGCUCUGCUGUAUGAGAAGGUGACGGUCAGCGAGGGAGGAAGUCCUUUACUUCGGGACAUGCUCUUCAGCCCUGACCAGCAACACAUCUACACGCUGACUGAAAAACAGGUGGUGAGAGUUCCAGUGGAGAGCUGCGAGCAGUACACCACUUGUGGAGAGUGUUUGGGCUCCAGAGAUCCUCACUGUGGAUGGUGUGUCCUCCACAAUGUUUGUUCUCGUAAGGACCGGUGCGAACGAGCAGGAGAACCGCAGAGGUUCGCCUCCGACCUUGAUCAGUGCGUGGAGCUCACCGUUCAACCGAGAAACAUCUCCGUCACCAUGUCUGAAGUCCAGCUCGUCCUCCAGGCCCGUAACGUGCCUGAUCUGUCAGCAGGCGUCAACUGCUCCUUUGAGGACUACGUGGAGACAGAGGGACACAUCCAGGGUGGACACAUCUUCUGCCUGUCCCCCUCCGUCCGUGACGUGAUUCCGAUCACAAAGAACAAAGGUGACAAGCGAGUGGUGAAGCUCUAUUUGAAGUCCAAGGAGACCGGCAAGAAGUUCGCCAGCGUCGACUUUGUCUUCUACAACUGCAGCGUCCACCAGUCCUGUCUUUCCUGUGUGAACGGCUCCUUCCCAUGUCACUGGUGCAAGUACCGUCACAUGUGCACCCAGAAUGCCAACGACUGCUCGUUCCAGGAGGGCCGUGUCAACAUCUCUGAGGAUUGUCCGCAGAUUCUUCCUUCGACUCAGAUUUACAUCCCCGUCGGAGUGACCAAGCCCAUCACCUUAGCAGCCAAGAACCUGCCGCAGCCUCAGUCAGGACAGAGGAACUAUGAGUGUGUCUUCCGCAUCCGUGGGGAGAAUCACAGCGUUCCAGCCCUACGCUUCAACAGCACCUCCAUUCAGUGCCAGAAGACAGCGUACACCUACGAGGGCAAUGACAUCAGUGACCUGCCGGUGGACCUGUCUGUGGUUUGGAACGGGAACUUUGUCAUCGACAACCCCUACAACGCCCCCGCACACCUGUACAAGUGCUACGCUCUGAGGGACAGCUGUGGGAUGUGUUUGAAGGCGAACCCCAGGUUCGAGUGCGGCUGGUGUGUUCAGGAGAAGAAGUGCUCGCUGCGACAGGAGUGUACUCCUGUGGAGAGCACUUGGAUGCAUGCCACCACAGGAAACAGCCGCUGUGCACACCCCAAGAUUAUCAAGCUCUCUCCAGAGACGGGGCCCAGACAGGGAGGGACCAUGCUGACCAUCACGGGCGAGAACCUGGGUCUGCAGUUCAAAGACAUCCAGAAUGGAGUCCGAAUUGGCAAAGUGACCUGCAUCCCCCAGGAGGAUCAAUACAUCAGCGCCGAACAGAUCGUGUGUCGCCUCAACGAUGCCACGGGUUACAGGGUGCAGGAGGCCCAGGUGGAGGUGUGUGUCAGGGACUGCCUUCACCUGGACUACAAAGCCAUCUCAACCAAGGCCUUUACAUUUGUGUCUCCGUACUUCACCCGUGUCCACCCUUCCACGGGUCCGCUCUCUGGAGGAACCAGAAUCACCAUCGAUGGCAGUCACCUGAAUGCAGGCAGUGCAGUAGCUGUGAAGAUAGGACUGAACUCCUGCCGUUUUGAGAGGAGGACCAGCAGGGAGAUAGUGUGUGUGACUCCAGCGGGACAAGUUCCAGGAACGACACCAGUCAUGGUGGACAUCAACUCUGCCGAGCUCAGGAACCCGGAGGUCAAGUUCAACUACUCUGAUGACCCGACCAUCCUCAAAAUUGAGCCUGACUGGAGCAUCGCCAGUGGGGGAACCAUGUUGACCAUUACCGGGACCAAUUUGGCAACAAUCAAAGAGCCGAAAAUGAGAGCCAAGUAUGGAUCGGCCAAGUCUGAAAAUAACUGCACAGUUGUCAAUAACACCGUGAUGGUAUGUCUGGCGCCCUCUGUGGCUGGAUCUGACAAAAGCUUCUCAGAAGUCGGCAGCAGUCCCGACGAGAUUGGUUUCAUCAUGGACGACGUUCGCUCCGUGCUGGUGGUGAACGAGACCUUCAGCUACCACCCCGACCCGGUGUUUGAACCUCUGAGUACCACAGGCCUGCUGGAGCUGAAGCCCAGCUCACCACUGAUCCUCAAGGGCCGUAACCUAAUUCCGGCUGCUCCAGGAAACACUAAGCUGAACUACACGGUGCUAAUUGGGGAGACUCCCUGUGUUCUCACCCUGUCUGAGAGCCAGCUGUUGUGUGAAUGGCCAAACCUGACUGGAGAACACAAAGUUACUAUUCGUGUUGGAGGCUUUGAAUACGUACCAGGGACCCUGCAGAUCUACUCCGACAGCCUGCUCACGCUGCCCGCCAUCAUCGGCAUCGGAGGAGGCGGUGGUCUGCUCCUGCUGGUCAUCAUAGUGGUGCUGAUCGCCUAUAAGAGGAAGUCACGCGAUGCUGACCGCACCCUCAAGAGGCUACAGCUGCAGAUGGACAACCUGGAGUCCAGGGUAGCUCUGGAAUGCAAAGAAGCUUUCGCGGAACUGCAAACAGACAUUCACGAACUGACGCAGGAACUGGACGGAGCAGGAAUCCCCUUCCUGGACUACCGGACCUACGCCAUGAGGGUUCUCUUCCCUGGGAUUGAGGACCAUCCUGUUCUCAAGGAGAUGGAGGUUCCUGCCAACACUGAGAAGGCCCUGACCCUGUUUGGACAGCUGCUGACCAAGAAGCACUUCUUGCUAACCUUCAUCCGCACCCUGGAGGCACAGCGAUCCUUCUCCAUGCGAGACCGAGGCAACGUGGCCUCCCUCAUCAUGACCGCGCUGCAAGGGGAGAUGGAGUACGCGACGGGCGUCCUCAAGCAGCUCCUGUCUGACCUGAUUGACAAAAACCUGGAGAGCAAAAAUCACCCCAAGCUUUUACUCCGAAGGACAGAGUCUGUGGCGGAGAAGAUGCUAACCAACUGGUUCACCUUCCUGCUCUACAAAUUUCUCAAGGAGUGUGCUGGUGAGCCCCUCUUCAUGCUGUACUGUGCCAUGAAGCAGCAAAUGGAAAAGGGACCCAUAGACUCCAUCACUGGAGAAGCUCGAUACUCCCUCAGCGAGGACAAGCUCAUCAGGCAGCAGAUCGACUACAAGACUUUGACUCUGCACUGCGUGAACCCGGAGAAUGAAAAUGCUUCAGAGGUGACGGUGAAGAGUCUGAACUGUGACACGGUGACGCAGGUGAAGGAGAAGCUGCUGGACGCCGUGUACAAGGGAACGCCGUACUCCCAGAGACCGAAAGCAUCAGAUAUGGACCUGGAGUGGAGACAGGGCAGAAUGGCCCGCAUCAUCCUACAGGACGAGGACGUCACCACGAAAAUCGACAACGACUGGAAGAGGCUCAACACCCUCGCUCACUACCAGGUGACGGACGGGUCGGUCAUCGCUCUGGUGCCUAAACAGAACUCGGCCUACAACAUCUCCAACUCCUCCACAUUUACCAAGUCCCUCAGCAGAUAUGAGAGCAUGCUGAGGACAGCCAGCAGUCCAGACAGUUUGCGCUCUCGAACUCCGAUGAUCACCCCUGACCUGGAGAGCGGCACCAAACUGUGGCACCUGGUCAAAAACCACGACCACUCAGAUCACAGGGAAGGAGACAGGGGGAGCAAGAUGGUCUCUGAGAUCUACCUGACCAGACUGCUGGCCACUAAGGGUACGCUGCAGAAGUUUGUGGACGACCUGUUUGAGACAAUCUUCAGUACAGCACACCGAGGCAGCGCCCUCCCUCUGGCCAUCAAGUACAUGUUCGACUUCCUGGACGAGCAGGCGGACAAACACUUCAUAUCAGACGCUGAUGUACGGCACACGUGGAAGAGCAACUGUCUUCCUCUGCGGUUCUGGGUGAAUGUGAUCAAGAACCCACAGUUUGUCUUUGACAUUCACAAGAACAGCAUCACAGACGCCUGUCUGUCCGUGGUGGCUCAGACCUUCAUGGACUCGUGUUCCACGUCAGAGCAUAAACUGGGGAAAGACUCUCCCUCCAACAAGCUGCUCUACGCUAAAGACAUCCCCAACUACAAAAACUGGGUGGAAAGGUACUACUCCGACAUCUCCAGGAUGCCGGCCAUCAGUGACCAGGACAUGAGUGCCUACCUAGCAGAGCAGUCACGUCUGCACGCAAAUCAGUUCAACAGUAUGUCAGCGUUACAUGAAAUCUACUCCUACAUCAUCUUGUCAGCCUUGGAGCGGGACGAGCAGGCGAGGAGACAGAGACUGAGGUGCAAGCUGGAGCAGGUCAUCGACACCAUGGCCCUGAGCAGCUGAGGACCGUCCUCCAGCACCUCCACGUCCUCCUGCUCUCUUCACAUUUUGUCUCCAUUCUGUCUUUCUCUCUCUCCGUCUCCCUCGCUCUUCUCCACCAGAAAGAAGAAGAAAAAAAAAAGCUCAACUCCAACCCCCAACCAUACAGAGAAAAGUGGACUGAAGCAGUGAAACUGCACACCUGGGUGGGAGGGGGGGGUUCGACAGAGAUGGGCGGGGCCUGUGUUCGCUUACGUGUGUACGUUUGUGUGUCGGUCUGCAGACCCACUGCGGUGUGAGAGACUGGGACACGGGACUUUUUCGCACAUGCACACGUGGAGAAACAUGCGGACCGACUGACUUUGGUUGUUGUGGGUGUCGGUGUCUGUGGUUUGAUUUCACCAGUUUUGUGCGACGGUCAGGAAACCUGAAAAUGAACUCCAUGUAGGGCGUCAUCCUCGGCAGGACAGACUGGUCUGGGAUCAGCCUAUGGAGAGAGGCUCGCCAGGUCACGUGACCAUGUCGGGCAUUGAGCUUUUAAAGGUUGAUAGAUUUUUUUUAUAUAUAUAUACAAAUAUAUAUAAAAACUGUAAUCAACUGCCCACUCUUUGAUCUCUCGCCACUUGUAUUACUGCUGAAUUUGCACAAUUUACAGAAACGUUACAAAGGAAAACUAUACAGAUGUUAUAUAUAAAUACAGUUACAGAAAGAUUAGGGAGCAGACGUUUCCAUUUCGUUUCAUUUUAAAACAGACAAACACCUUGAAAAAAGAAAGUCAAUGAAACACAAUUUGGUAUUUCAAAAAAUUAAAAAAAAUGACGUAAACAAAAAAGUAAACAAAAAACAAAAAAAAAGAGAGAAACAAAAAGUUGUACUGUGCCAUGUUUUCUUUGAAUGUUGUUUAGUGCAAAGACAUUUUGUUAGAUGGAAUGUUUUUAAAUAUGAACAUGCCUAGUGACUGAAAAACAAACCUUUGAGUAAUGAUCCCGUUUUAGGUCCUCGAUGAAACUAGAGAAAAUGGAAGCGUGUCACAGCUGAGGCGGUGGUGUCUCGGCGAAAACAUGAAGUUGCUGUUGUUUCUACUCCAGUCAGUGCAAUUGUUUGGUUUCAGGAAACCGAACAUAUUCGUUGGAUUGUUGCUUUACCACGACAACUUUGUUCGGUUCCAAAGCUGGUUCUUUUCUUCAAGGGUCAAGAAGUGAGAGUUUGGCGCACGAUGACGUUGUGACUGAACAAUGAAGUAGCUGUCGUUGCACUAGCAGAAAUGUCCCCCCCCCCACUGGUCCCGUUCUCCUUAUAUUGAGAACCAAACUGCUAGGACUCCACAGGUCCUGAGUUUGUUGUCUCCGUCACUGGAUUGGUUUUCUAUCCAAACCUAUGGGAGCAAAGUCUCGGUGCUUUCAGACUCUGUUUACGUUGUGCACAGGAGCCGAGGUGAGGGCGACUGGACCCUCGGAUGAAACAAAGUGGGAAAAGCUGUUUCCAACCUAAAGCCGCCUCCUUUUUUUAGUCCAUGUUUCCAAUGUUAAUACCCAAGUAGAGGGGCAAUGAACAGAUAAAGCGAGUGUCUCUCUCCAUCGUUUUCUUAUCUUUAGGAGACAGGGAUUUCAGCUCUUUAUCCAAUCGGGGAGGAGAACAGAAGCAUCCAGAGGUGAGACACCUCUGCUCAUUAGCUACGCCAAGCUGAGUAAUCCUCCUGUUAGCCCCGGGCUCUUGUUUUAAAACAAGCCUACUGCCACGUGUGGCUUAAGCUUUUUUUUUAUUACUGCUCUCCUUUUUUUCUUUUUUCUUUUUUUUUUUUGAAGUCUUGAAGUCUAGGUUUUUAAAUAUGUGGUGAGAAGUAAUGUUUUUUUUUUCUGCCUGCCGAAAAACCAAACUGUGGUCUGUAAAAUGUUUUGUUGAUGUUUUCGUUUGUAAAUUGUAUACUUUUCUUGAUGAACAGAAGCUAUUUGCCAUUUUUUGUACACAGGUUGUUGGUUUGUUUGUUUUUUUGUCUUUUUUUUCCACAUGUAAAUUGUACAUUUGAACGGUACACGGAAGACAAAGCUUUCUUUUGGUUUGCCUGAAAGUUUGACGACCUUGACCAAACCUGAGGUCAAUUUGAUUUUUUUUUCUUUUUUUAUAAUCUCAUGGAUCAAAAUGAAAAAGUUGCAUCCUUUUAAGCAUCUGUGUCUUUGUGAUGGAAAUGUGACUUGCUGCUUUAAAUUUUUUUUUUUUUUUGUCCAAUAUUAGAGGUGUUCGUGCUGAUCAAAGAUGAAGUUGCUGGUCAUUUUAGUGCAACGUCAUUUUUAAGAAAGGAAAAAAAAUUGUCUGUCACAUGAAAAAAAAAACACAGUGAGCACAGCGCCAUCAUCUGGUCUGAUGUCACGUUUCCUCACAUGCUUUAACUCAAGCCUCCUUCAACAGACAAAAACCUUAACAUUCUUGAAGGACAACUAUGGUCAUGUUAGAAGUGACACUUACUUUUGUUCAAUUCCUCACCAGAUGAACCUUAUUCACUCUGUGUUCUACUGCCGACAGUGAGCUGUAUGUGUCCGUUCGACUGUUAGCUGCAGUCUCUUCACUGAUGAGUACAGUGUAACGUUACACACUGCGGCCGCAGAUGCAUUAAGCUUUUCUUAAACUCAUUCAUUCUCAGGUCUGUGUCUCAUUUAGCUGCUUUUCUUUCCUGUUUUUAUUGAUUAGCUGCCAUUUGUGCGAUGAUCUGCGUCCGGAAACCUCUUCUUAAACAAUCACCGUUAGCUGUGACGAGACAACUUGUGUUCGUUGUAGAGGAGGAAUUUCAGAGAAAAGUCUCUUCAUGUCAGUUGUUUGUGGGCUGUAAAGAAGUCAGCUGGCUGUGGUUCCUCUGGUUCAGUUUACUUGACUGCCUACAGUGGGAGCGUAUCCAUCCCUCAGUCGUGAAUCUCUUGGUAAAUUUCCCAGCUCUUCAGACAUGUUAAGUCCCCGCAACUCCCGUCGAAUCACAUGAAAGUCUCGGCACAAUUCUGUUUCAGACCAACCCCCUGCGGUUUUCCAUUUCUGGAAACUCGAUGUUUGUUUCUUUUUUCGUCCAGGAGAAGGAAGUUGCAUCGCUCCAAGAAAACACGAGCAAACUUUGGGAGUUGGCAAAGGAAUUUUAAUACUCAGACUUCAGACUUGAAGCGACUGUCACAUGUUUGCAGGUUAACAUCAUAGUGUAAAUAUUCUGUUAUUUCAUAUUUUGCAGAUUUACUACUUGUAAAUAAACACGCAUCAAGGAGAGAUUAAACAUUUUUUGCUAAAUAAGA